AUGUUUCCGUUGGCCAAAAACGUGCUAAGCCGUGUCCUAGUUCGAAGCAUUCAGCAAACAAUGUCAAGGCAGAUUCACCAGAAGAGGACACCUGAUUUCCAUGACAAAUAUGGCAAUGCUAUUUUAGCUAGUGGAGCCACCUUUUGUGUUGCUACAUGGACCUAUACAGCAACACAAAUUGGAAUAGAAUGGAACCUGUCCCCUGUUGGCAGUCACCCCAAAGGAAUGGAGAGAUUAGUAAUCAUCCCAAAGUUGGUGUGA